CCAAAAAUAUCGGUCACCCAAAAGGUAUAGAAUCAUACAUACAAACCCAUCCAAAUUUCACCAAACCCCCCAAAAAACAAACUCAAAAUUCACUACAAAUCAAGAAAAAUGGGAAGCACAAGCGCCCUCAUCCACAAUCUAAAUCUCCACACAACCAGAUGCUUCAACUGCGUGAAUUCAAGACCAAAUCAUUCAAUUUCUUUGCAAAUCAAUCAAAGAAAAACCCCUUUUCGUAUCUCAAUUGAAAGGCAAAGAAAGAUUAAUAAAGGUGCUUGCUUUGCUCUUGAAGAUGGGGGUUCAGGAGCAGUUCUUGAAGAUAGACCUGAAGUUGCUGAUGCCCAACAAGAUGCACUAGUAAACAAUGAUUCAAGUAACGGAAGCGCUCUUUACAAUUUUCUGUAUCCGGAUAAAGAGCUCCUACCCGAAGACAAAGAAAUGACCAUAUUUGAUCAUCUUGAAGAGCUAAGGGAGAGAAUCUUUGUGUCGGUUUUGGCGGUUGGCGCUGCCAUAUUGGGAUGUUUUGUGUACUCAAAGGAUCUCAUUAUGAUUCUUGAAGCUCCAGUUAGAACUCAAGGUGUUCGGUUCCUACAAUUAGCUCCUGGCGAGUUUUUCUUUACAACUAUAAAGGUAUCAGGGUAUUGUGGGCUUCUUUUAGGAAGCCCCGUGAUUCUUUACGAGAUCAUAGCUUUUGUUCUACCCGGGUUAACAAGAUCCGAAAGAAAAUUCUUGGGCCCGAUUGUUCUCGGAUCCUCGGUCCUUUUCUACACCGGGAUCGUUUUCUCGUACAUCGUUCUUACUCCAGCCGCCUUGAAUUUCUUUGUUAAUUAUGCAGAAGGGGUCGUUGAAUCAUUGUGGUCAAUUGACCAAUACUUUGAGUUCAUAUUGGUACUCAUGUUCAGUACUGGCUUGUCUUUCCAGGUCCCGGUUAUACAACUUCUAUUAGGGCAAGUUGGAUUAGUGUCGGGUGAUCAGAUGUUAUUGGUAUGGAGAUAUGUGGUAGUUGGUGCGGUGGUUGCAGCUGCUAUUGUGACCCCGUCAACUGAUCCUCUGACUCAGAUGCUUCUGGCGGGACCCCUUUUGGGUCUUUACUUCGGUGGUGCAUGGACUGUUAAGCUCAUUGGUAAGUAAGUGGCUCGAGCCCAGAUCCAGAUCGGUCCCUGUGCACACCGAACACAUAGAAUGAUAAAAGACUUGAUAUAGAUGUACGAGGAUCCUGUAUUUUUGUAGAAUAUAUAUAUAUUCAUUAUUUGUUACUGGUACAUAACAAUGACUGUCAUUCUGUUCCAACACAAUGUUGACUCUUUUGACUUC